AGAAAAGCGAUCGCUUACCAGCUGCAUUUAUUUUUCCUCCAUGGCUGCAUUUCCCAUGGCGCCCGCUAUCGUGUUGGUUAACUGGGGGACAUAUUAACUGUUAUUUUAUUUCACUUGGAUAUAACUAGGUUGUUUUUUUUAACCUUUGUUGAAAAUAUUUUCGUUUCAUUCUCAACCGGCCAUGACCGUGGAGCAGAAUGUCCUCCAACAGCAUUCUCAGAAGCACCAGCAGACUCUACUGAACCAGCUGAGGGAGGUCACAGGCACCACAGACGUCCAGCUGCUCCAGCAGGCCCUGCAGGUCAGUAAUGGAGACCUGGCGGAGGCGGUGGCCUUUCUGACGGAGAAGAAUGCCAAGGUGCCCCAGCAGGAUGAGGCUACCUACUACCAGACCACCCAGGUGGGCAACGACAGAUACAUCAGCGUGGGCAGCCAGGCAGACACUAGUGAGUACUUACCUCACCCAGCACUGCCCGGGGCAGUCCCUAGCCAGGGAGAUACCAACGUGAUUGACCUGACUGGUGAUGAUAAAGAUGACCUCCAGAGGGCUAUCGCUCUCAGCCUGGAGGAGUCCAGCCGGGCCUUCAGGGAGACGGGCAUCACCGACGAGGAGCAAGCCAUCAGCAGAGUUCUGGAGGCCAGCAUAGCGGAGAACAAGGCGAGCCUGAAGCGGACACACACGGAGGUGUGGAGUGACUCGCCCAACCCUCACGACAGGAAAAGGAUGGAGAACUGCCCCGUUGGGCUCAAGAACGUGGGCAACACCUGCUGGUUCAGCGCCGUCAUCCAGUCUCUGUUCAACCUGCUGGAGUUCCAGAGGCUGGUGCUGCAUUACUCCCCUCCUGCCAGAGUCCAGGACCUGCCUCGCAACCAGAAGGAGCACAGGAACCUGCCCUUCAUGCAGGAGCUGAGAAACCUUUUCUCACUCAUGGUGGGUUCUAAGAGGAAGUACGUUGACCCAUCGCGCGCCGUGGAGAUCCUCAAGGACGCCUUCAAGUCCAGCGAGUCUCAGCAGCAGGAUGUCAGUGAGUUUACACACAAGCUGUUGGACUGGUUGGAGGAUGCCUUCCAGAUGAAGGCAGAGGAGGACAGAGAGGGUGAGAAGCCAAAGAACCCGAUGGUUGAGCUGUUCUAUGGCCGCUUCCAGGCUGUGGGGGUUCUGGAAGGAAAGAAGUUUGAGAACACAGAGAUGUUCGGGCAGUACCCUCUGCAGGUGAAUGGCUUUAAGGACCUGCACGAGUGUUUAGAGGCAGCCAUGAUCGAGGGGGAGAUCGAGUCCCUACACUCAUCUGCAGAGAACUCUGCCAAGUCUGGACAGGAGCAUUGGUUUACCGAACUUCCUCCUGUCUUGACCUUUGAACUGUCGAGAUUUGAGUUCAACCAAGCCCUGGGUCGACCUGAGAAGAUCCACAACAAGCUGGAGUUCCCCUCCAUGCUGUACAUGGACAGGUAUAUGGACAGGAACCGAGAGAUCACCAGGAUUAAACGAGAGGAGAUCAGGAGACUGAAAGAGCAACUGACUUUACUUCAACAGCGUCUGGAGAGGUAUCUGAGCUAUGGCUCUGGUCCCAAGAGGUUUCCUCUGGCAGAUGUCCUGCAGUACGCCAUGGAGUUUGCCUCCAGUAAGCCAGUCUGCACCUCUCCCUUGGAGGACAUCGACACAUCAGCACCCCCCGGUGGCACAACGGGGCAGCUGCUGCCCGCUCUAAGCACAGCCGAACAGGGUCCCUCCUGCACCCUUCCAGAGGGUUUGUCCCCCGCCCCCACCCAAGCUCCCUCCACUCAGCAGAGGGUGCCCAUCCACAAGCCCUUCACCCACUCCCGACUGCCCCCUGACCUGCCCAUGCACCCAGCCCCACGCCACAUCACUGAGGAGGAGCUCCGGGUGCUGGAGGGCUGCCUGCACCGCUGGAGGAGUGAGGUGGAGAACGACACCCAUGAUCUUCAGGGCAGCAUAUCCAGAAUCCACAGAACCAUCGAGCUGAUGUACUCUGACAAGUCCAUGAUGCAGGUUCCGUUCCGGCUGCAUGCGGUGCUAGUGCACGAGGGCCAGGCUAACGCUGGCCAUUACUGGGCCUACAUCUACGACCCCCACCAGCAGCGCUGGAUGAAGUACAACGACAUCUCGGUCACCAAGUCCUCCUGGGAGGAGCUGGUCAGGGACUCGUUCGGAGGCUACCGCAACGCCAGCGCCUACUGCCUCAUGUACAUCAACGACAAGAAGCCUUUCCUCAUAGAAGAGGAGUUUGAUAAGGAGACGGGUCAGAUGCUGAGUGGUCUUGAUAAGCUCCCUUCGGACCUGAAGGCAUACGUGAAGGAGGACAAUGGCCUGUUUGACAAGGAGAUCGAGGAGUGGGACACCCUGCAGGCACGCAAGGCCCAGCAGGAGAAGCUGGCCCUGGCUGCAGCCACUGCAGCAGCAGAAACAACAACAUCCCAUCAACCUAUGAGCACAGAGCCCAGUCCACCAGACAGCUGGGGCCCUCAGCAGGACCCAGAGUACAUGGAGCAGCCGUCCCCCACAGACGACUCCAAGCACCUGCAGGAGGACACAGAGAGGGCCAUCUCCAAGGCUGCAGCCGAGCAGCAGGAGGAGAGGAGCCCUGAGGGACUGCUUACUGCAUCCAGUGGAGGGAGUCUCUCCCCACCCCUUCCCCCCAAACCCCAGUCCGAUGUCCAGGUGAACACUGAAACCCCCCUCGCCCCUCCCUCUGACCCUCAGCCUGUGGAUCCUUCCCUCACCCCUCCCUCUGACCCUGACCCCCCCAUGGAGGAUGAGCCCCUUUCCCAGCGUACAAUAGAGGUUGCCAUUCCCCAGGCCAUGAUGACUCCCAACAUGCAGGGUAUUAUAAUGUCCAUUGGCAAGGCCAGGAGUGUGUUUGAAAAGCUUGGGCCUGAAGCCGCCUUCUUCAAGGCCAUUAAGGUGGAGUACACCCGUCUGCUGAGGUUUGCCCAGGAGGACACGGCCCCGGAGAAUGACUACCGUCUGCAGCACGUCAUCGUCUACUUCAUCCAUAACCAGGCCCCCAAGAAGAUCCUGGAGAGAACCCUCCUCAUGCAGUUCGCAGACCGCAACCUAAGCUUUGACGAACGGUGUAAGAGCAUUAUGAAGGUGGCCCGUGGCAAACUAGACCUUGUUAAGCCAGAAGAGGUCAACAUGGAGGAGUAUGAGAUGUGGCAUCAGGACUACAGGAAUUUCCGCGAGACAACAAUCUUCCUGAUGAUUGGUUUAGAGCUGUUCCAGAAGAAAUGCUUUGUGGAGGCCUUGAUGUACCUGAUCUACUCGUACCAGUACAACAGAGAGCUGUUGGUCAAAGGGCUGUACAGAGGUCACAACGAUGAGCUCAUAGGUCACUACCGCAGAGAGUGCCUGCUGAAACUGAACGAGAAUGCGGCGGGGAUGUUUGAGUCUGGUGAGGAGCCGGAGGUUUGCAAUGGGCUGAGCAUCAUGAAUGAGCUGGUGGUGCCGUGUAUCCCCCUACUGCUUGUCCACGACACAGAGAAGGACCUGCUGGCUGUGGAGGACAUGAGGAACCGCUGGUGCUCCUACCUGGGGCAGGAGAUGGAGCCCAACCUGCAGGAGAAGCUGACUGACUUCCUACCCAAGUUACUUGACUGCUCGACAGAGAUAAAAAGCUUCCACGACCCUCCAAAGCUGCCCACCUACUCCACCCUGGAGCUGGUUGAGCGCUACGGCCGUGUCAUGGCCUCCUUGAGCCGGGUGCCUGCAGACGGGAGAUGAGCUGAGGGGGCAGCAGCCCCCCUCACAGUCCCACGGCCCCCUCAGCACCCAGGCCACUCAUCAAUGGAACUCUUUUAACCCAUGCCUUCCUUAUAAACCAGGGGUCACUCGCUAUAGCUGUUUCUCCUCUAUCUCUUUUACUGCUAUAGGUUUUAUCAUUAUAAUAAUUAUUUCAAUUCAAUUUAAGUAAAACGCAACAGAAAUUAAUGAACAGACAGUUGGAAAAGGAAGAGCAGGGGUAGUGGAAAUGGCGCUCUUGCAGUGAUUGAAAGCCAGUGCAUGCUGCUCCAAGCUUUGUUAAAUGAGGUGGGGUGUUUUUUUGUUUUUUGUUGUUCAGUUUAUGCCCCCUCCCACCCCCACCCGCCUCUUUCUAAAAGCACCCCUUCUCUGCAGAAGAAGGAUCGCCCUGCUGCUCUGCCACCAGUUUGGUACAGUAUUAUCACGUUUUUGUUUUAUUUUUCUAAAGGAAGCGACAAAAUGAGAACCUUGAGAUUUUAUCAGCGGCUUUAAGUAUCUCAAGUGGGUCUGUGAACUCUGGACUGCACCAGAAUGAGAAGUUUUAAGUGCUGUGGUAGACAGCCAUGGACACUCUGUGGCUUGUUAAUAAAUCAAGAUAAUAAAAUUUUAUUUAUGGCCCUUUUAGGCCAAAUACAUCGUUC